AUGAAGCUUCCUCGUCGUGUGUUGAUGAAUUCUGGGAUUCGAAAGAGAUGGUAUACCCCGGUUGGAAGUCAUGUUUACGAUAAUGAUCCUGUGAUACUUGAUCGUGAAAAAAAGAGACUUCUCAAUGGAAAUGUCAAAUCUCUACUAAAAUCUGCACCAGGUUGGAAUGAAAUGUUGGCUUCAGAUAGUGAAGCCGUGGUCAAAGCUGAACGAGAACCUGAUUCAUUUUCUUUAAAAGAACUUCAACAGGAAUCAUUAAAGAUUUUAUCAACUAUAGAUAGUGAUGUUAAAGAUGAUGUCGUCGUUGUUGAACAGAUUAAGCAGGAAUCUAAGGUUCAAAAAAUCAAAAGAAGUUGUUAA